CGCUGUGCGGGCCUGCUUGGGGUCCUGGGGGAGGCCACCAGAGCACACGCCCAUGCACAGGAAGAUGCUGGCUUCGUUUCCCAGGGCAGUAUAGGACUGGAUUCCAGGUACCCAUGUGCCAAGUGCCAGGGUCAGGGGCCUGGCACAGCAGGUGCCAUUUGGCCGUCCUAGGCAUGCGCGUGGGCGUGGACCACCAACCUCGUCCUCAGCUCUGUUGGGAAUGGCCAACGCUGUGCCAACCAUGGGCUUCUGUGCCCGCUGGGGCUCUUCUGCCUCUACUGGGUGCUCCAAGAAGGAGCACAGGGGUCUCUAGGCAGCGGCAGCCUGGGCCUGGGUGGAGCCUAGGUGGACAGAGGGUCCUUGGACCCAGAGCUGCCCAGCAGAGUUCAUCUCCCCAAGCUGUAGGCAGCCAGCUCAGCCCUGGGCCUUGCCCUGACACCCCGUCCCCUCCCCACUGCAGAGGGCAGGCCCCGCAGACUCUGAGGUCCAUCCCGUUGGGGUUGGCUGCUGGAUGGCAUUGGUGUCUCUGUCUCCCCUGCCACGGCCCAGCUGCCCUCUUGUUCCCUUCCCUCCUCCAGUUCAGCCCCGUCCAUCACACGUGCCGGUUCGCAGCCCACUUUCCUUUAACAUCUGGUGACAUCGGGUGACGCCACAUAGCGGCAGCUGCUCCCUGCCUGUGGGGCUGUGGCCCGGGCUGCCUCAGAGUGGCUUUGCUGGUGCCAGAGCAGCCUCUGCCUUGAUGACAUAAUCUCUGUUUAGGCGUGCGUAGGUUUUCCUGAGGGAGGAGGCUGGGAUGCAGGGUGGGGUGGCUGCCGCCUGGAGCUGGGGAUCUUGGGGGCUGUGCCAGCUUGUGGGUGUCGGCCACAGGUCUCGUCUGUGCAGCACGGUCUGUCCUCUGCCGCCUCUCUGCCCAGUGCCCAGCUCUGAUGCCUGGCAGCCUCUUCUCUCACCCCUUGAAGCCCCACCCCCUCCGUCAACCUGGUUCUGACCCCCUGUGCCAGUCAGUGCCCCUCUAGGCACUUGCAGAGGGGAGGUGAGGAGCGCCUUUCUAAGGCGCUUAAAUCAGACCGCUCUCCCCACCUCUGCAGAGUCAAGCCCCACUGCCGUCUUGUGCAGAGGAGACCAAGGCCACAGGUCACAGCCCCUUUCUCACCCCUAGGUGCUCUGCUGACCGCCCUCCCACUUCACCCACUGACCAGCUUGUGGAUCUGUCCAUACACUGCGGUCCUUUUCCUGCCUGUGCCCAGGCUGGCCCCUCACCUGGGCACCCUCUCCCUGCCCCCCGCUGAUGCCCACUUGUCUGGAGGGCCCAGCACAGGCGUCCUCUCCCCAGGAUACGACCCUGCACUUUCAUGCCGGCCUGCCCUGUGCUCCAAGCCCUGAAGCCUCCAUGGGUCCUUGUCAUGGUGCCCGUAGCUCAGGCUGAAAGACCUCUGGGUGUGUGACUCUGUCCCCAGGGUCUGUGAGGAUGGACACUUUGUCUGCUGUGUCUGUGCUGAACCCUGGUGCUAUCCUGGAGCACCCUGGGAAGGGAGUGGGCAUUUUCCAGUUCAGAGGAAAAUGUGAAGAAACCUUUCUUCUAGAAACCGUUCUGUCUCCUCCUCCACACACCGAGUGCCUAAAGCACUUGCCCCACCAACGGCACAGGGUACCCCCAGGGAGCAGUGGAGAUGAGAUGAGACUCCAGGCCGUGCCUCCUAGGAGUGGUCAGUACCCACCCCAGUGUCUCCCUGGGUCUGCCUCUGGCCUUGGCUGUGUCUUCCCUGCCUUUAAAAUAACCAUGUUUGUGUGUUGUGGGGGUGGGUUCCAGAUGUCAAAUUCCCCACAGAAUAAGUGAACAUGAGGCUGGGGUAAAAGUGGGUAAAAAAGUGAAAUGUUGUGAACCAGUGGGUGUCCUAAACCUGGCUCCAGGACACAGGGCCUUGCAGUGAGAGCCAUGUGCAGGCCCUUCAUGGGUGCAGCACACUGGGGGUACAGACCCGGGGACACAGGCUUGGGGGUACAGAAUUGGGGACGUAGGCCUGGGGACACAGGUGGAGGCAGCUGCUGGCCUGGGAGUCAUCUGGAGGGGCUCAUCCUGGAGGCCAGUGGGUGACAUUGUGGGACCCCCCGUCUUAUGUGUAUGGAGAAUGUCCUGGGUUUGAAAGGCAAGUGGAGGCUGUCUGGAGAGCCCAUCAGAAUCCCUUUCCUUGGUGUGGAUAGAGGCUCCCUGGGCAGGGUACAUGGGCAGGUCUCAUGAGUGACAAUUGGGGGGCCGUCCUUCUCCCGGAAGGGCUUGCGGGUGUGGGAAACGGUGCCUUCUGCAGCUUUGCAUAGGCCUGCGGAAUGGCCCUCGUGCUGGGCGCACGCACUCCCAGGCCACUCAGGUCACGGUGGACACAGCUGCAGCCCUCAGCCUCCUCUCGUUCAUCUUGGGGCCGUUUGCAAACUCCCCCAGGCUUGCCCAGUGAGUGUCAGCAGGGCCGACGCCCCUGUCCUCUGGAGACGCGGAGCAGGGUGAAGGGGAACCAGGAACAGCUGCCCACGCUGAACUUUGACCACUUCCAGAUCCUUCGGGCCAUCGGGAAGGGCAGCUUUGGCAAGGUGUGCAUUGUGCAGAAGCGGGACACGGAGAAGAUGUACGCCAUGAAGUACAUGAACAAGCAGCAGUGCAUCGAGCGCGACGAGGUCCGCAACGUCUUCCGGGAGCUGGAGAUCCUGCAGGAGAUCGAGCACGUCUUUCUGGUGAACCUCUGGUACUCCUUCCAGGACGAGGAGGACAUGUUCAUGGUAGUGGACCUGCUUCUGGGUGGGGACCUGCGCUACCACCUGCAGCAGAACGUGCAGUUCUCUGAGGACACGGUGAGGCUGUACAUCUGCGAGAUGGCGCUGGCCCUUGACUACCUGUGUGGCCAGCACAUCAUCCACAGAGAUGUCAAGCCUGACAACAUUCUCCUGGAUGAGAGAGGACACGCACACCUGACCGACUUCAACAUCGCCACCAUCAUCAAGGACGGGGAGCGGGCGACGGCGUUAGCAGGCACCAAGCCGUACAUGGCUCCAGAGAUCUUCCACUCUUUUGUCAACGGCGGGACUGGCUACUCCUUCGAGGUGGACUGGUGGUCGUUGGGGGUGAUGGCCUAUGAACUGCUGCGAGGCUGGAGGCCCUACGACAUCCACUCCAGCAAUGCUGUGGAGUCCCUGGUGCAGCUGUUCAGCACCGUGAGCGUCCAGUAUGUCCCCACGUGGUCCAGGGAGAUGGUGGCCUUGCUGCGGAAGCUCCUCACUGUGAACCCCGAGCAUCGGUUCUCCAGCCUCCAGGACGUGCAGGCAGCCCCUGCGCUGGCCGGCGUGCUGUGGGGCCAUCUGAGCGAGAAGAGGGUGGAGCCGGACUUCGUGCCCAAUAAAGGCCGUCUGCACUGCGACCCCACCUUCGAGUUGGAGGAGAUGAUCCUGGAAUCCAGGCCCCUGCACAAGAAGAAGAAGCGCCUGGCCAAGAACAAGUCCCGGGACAACAGUAGGGACAGCUCCCAGUCCGAGAAUGACUAUCUUCAAGACUGCCUUGAUGCAAUCCAGCAAGACUUCGUGAUUUUUAACAGAGAAAAGUUGAAGAGGAGCCAGGACCUCCCGAGUGAGCCUCUCCCCGCCCCUGAGCCCAGGGAUGCUGCGGAGCCCGUGGAGGACGAGGAACACUCCGCCCUUCCCAUGUGUGGCCCCAUCUGCCCCUCGGCCGGGAGCGGCUAGGCCGGGAUGCCCGUGAUCCUCACCCCUUGAGCUGCUUUGGAGACUCGGCUGCCAGAGGGAGGGCCAUGGGCCGAGGCCUGGCAUUCACGUUCCCACCCAGCAGCCUGGCUGGCAGUGCCCACAGUGCCCGGACACAUUUCACACCUUGGGCUCGUGGUGGUGCAGGGGACAAGAGGCUGUGGGUGCAGCAGACGCCUGUGGAGGGCAGCACGGAGGGCAUUGCCUGCGGGCCCCCGAGACCCGCCUGGAUGGAGGAAGCGCUGCUGGGCGCGCUCUCACCACUCAUGGGGGGCCGGGGUCACGGAUGAGACAGGAGUCUUUGUCCCCACUCAGCCCGAGGCUGUGCACAGCCCCCCUCACAAGGUGAGCCCUUGCAGAGCAGGCCGCGGGUGUCCCAGGCUUGGCUCGGUUCUUGGAGGUCAGGGGCGCGGGUUGGGGUUAGUGGGUGGGGAGGUGAAUGUUUUCUAGAGAUUCACACUGCCCCAGCGAUUUCUGUACAGUUUUCACCUCUGAGAAUUACAAUGUGAGAACCGCU